UUAACUUCGACCCCGACUAGACUCUGCAUUGAGUGCUCGUAGAGCAGCAUGACAACAAUCCAUUUUGAAUCUCGAGAGGUCGAAUGUCGAGGGACAAGGUUGACGACAUAAAAUCACUAGGCCUUGUCACGCUGCGCUACGUGAUUCGAUUGUACAUGUACAUGUACUAUGUACGUAGGUCAACUCGGUAAGGGGCGAGUUGGUCAGGGGGCGAGUUGACCUGACAAUAUGUAGAUAUACAUGUACAUGUAUAUGUAUGCACAGUGCAUUAGUGCGCUGCUGGUCUGUCCCAUGCUCGAACGUUCAAGUUGUUGAUAACUUCUACUACGGCCGUAAUGUCCGUCGUUAUGACUUAAUAUGUCGAUUGCCUGCGUUCUACCACGCAUGUCAUGUUUUAACAUUGAUCUUGAACCUCUGACCAGUCGAGCUACAAAAAUACAUCACCUAAUUGUGCGGUUUACACAGUCUCUGUUUAAUGUGAAAGGUGACUCAAGUCUUUCAUGUUUGACUCUGGAGAUUCCAUCCUACUGACGUGCUGAAUUCUUCAUCACCAGUUUACAACUGAAACACUCACACAUAAGAUAAAUCUUAGACACUUUCUUGACAAAUUGACAAAGAUUUAAGUUCAAUCUUUGGAGGACGAUGCAUACAAGUGCCAAAGCCUUGCCAUGUGAUCUGUGUGGAAAAGCUUUCCCAUCAAAAACGUCUCUGAGUUGCCAUUUGAGGGUCCAUACUGGACAGAAACCAUUUAUUUGUGAAACGUGUGGCAAGGGCUUUGCCCAAAAGGGUGGGCUGGACAGACACCAGAGUGUCCACAGGCCAGUGAUCAAGUCGUUCAUUUGCGACGUCUGCAGCAAAGCCUUUACCGACAAGCACUGCUUGCAGAGGCACCAGGUGGUCCACACUGGAGAGAAGCGAUUCCUGUGCGGCAUCUGCGGCAAAGCUUUUGCUGACAGAGGAGGGCUGUACAGUCACCAGCGCACCCACACCGGUGAGAAACCGUUUGCUUGUCAAAUGUGCGGCAGGACCUUUGCCCACAGUUGCAAUCUGCGCUCUCACGAGAGGCUCCACACCCCGGAGAAGCCGUUUGUCUGUGACGUGUGCAGCAAAUCGUUUGCCCUUGAAGAAACUCUGAUCAGCCACCAGGCAACCCAUACGGUGGAAAAGCCAUUCGCCUGUGAUGUCUGUAGGCGAACCUUUGCCCAGAAGGGGAACCUGCAAAGUCAUAAGAGGACUCACACCGGAGAGAGACCAUUUGUUUGCCCUACGUGUGGACAAGCUUUCUCUCAGGGAGGUACUCUGAAGAGGCAUCAGAGGCUCCAUGCUGCAGAAUGAGGGCCACUAAGGAAGAAUGUUGGAAAAAAUACAUGCACUAAGGUCCAACUAUGUCAUUGACGUGCAAUGAAACUUCGUUUUACCGUGGAAUACUUCAGUGCUUGUGAAAUUGACCAAGAGAAUGCUGUGAUAGAUAUCAGUUGACAAGGAAUUAGACAGUUUCAUCGCUGUUUUAGCUUGCACCUCCGGUUUUCACUUUACAGGAAGUGAAACAUGUGGAAUAUGCCACACUUUUCAGCAUGCAGAGGACUUGGGAGACUUUUGAGGCAAUACGGGCAAUUCACUGUAGUGUGCCUCCAAGAGUUUGCAGCAUGUUGUCCAAUCACAACGCGCAAA